AUGUCGGGUUCAAACUUUCACACUCUACUUUCCGGCGAUAUGGAUACUACCACGAAGAAUAGCAGUUCAAGCGACUCUUCCAAGAACAAUACCACCACACCGGAAACAACAGCUUCCAAUAGUCAUGCAACCUCUGCACACCUCGAUAAGAAGUCAGAGAGCGCAGGCCCCGUCGCAAAGAAGAGGAGAGUCCCAACAUCAAUCACCACAAACGCUUGUGUCAAUUGCAAGAGAGCUAGAGCAAAGUGUGAUGGUAAACAGCCUUGCACUCGUUGUACUAGCAAGAGAAGUUUAUUCCAAGAAAACUGCGCCUACGAGCCACAUACUAAGAACGCGAAGACGAUACUGGUGAGGGAUCUCAAAGAGAGCCAUGACAUCAGACACAAAGCGGAAAGAAUCUUCACAUGGCUCGCGAACAACACCGACAACGAGCAUGAUAUCCUCGAGCGCAUUAAGAAUAGAGAGUCAAUCACGGAGAUAGCUACUUGGUUGGAAUCCAUAGAGAGGAAUGGUGAGUCACAGCUAUCUAUAUAUGGAGGUUCCAACAACGAGCUCGAUGGUGAUCUGCUUAAUGAUUCUUCGUGGACAACAGUGACAGAUGAUGAAGAAGUUAUCGAGCAUCUUAUCUCUCUGUAUUUCACAUGGGUCCAUCCCUUUUACCCUUUGUUCAACGAAGGUCACUUUGUGGAAAGUAUGCGCCGAGGAUCGGACCAGUUUUGCUCGCACAGUUUGUUUAAUGCUAUCUGUGCCAUGGCAUGCUAUCUCCACACUAUCAUUGACGAAGAUAUCAUUGACUACAAACGAAUGGGCGCCCAAUUCACUGAUUUGGUUAGGAACAACAUCGAUCCGCAAGACAACAGUCUAACAAAUAUUCAAGCAUUUGCGGUCAUGUUCUUGGUACGCUGCGCACAAGGACAUGGGUAUAGUGGUUCAGUAUACUUGACUAUCGCAAGUAGAUCUAUGGAGAGCCUCAGACCAAGUAAUAGUGAUAGUGUCGAUUAUCGACAAAUCUGGAGGGAAACGGUCAAAGGGUUAAAUAGCCUGGAUGUUGAGUGGGCCCAGUUGACCUUUACGAUGGCACCAGCUUACAUCCCAGACUUGCAGCCAACUCAACUGGCCAAGGAGAUAAGCUUAUGCGAGGCCGAAGUAGACAAUCUCAGGUGGGCAUCGUAUCGAUUUCCUACAGACAACAUAAGAGGAACCUCACUCCCCUGUCUGACGGCAACCACAAAUCGCAAAAAAAUGGAGCUUGUUGGUAUUAUCCACGAAGCCACGAUACUCCUGUUUAACACAACUGGUCCUCUGAUAUCUGCUGAAGCUUUGUGGGCCAUUUAUCGCAGAUUGUUAACUUGGCAUGAAGAUCUACCAAGAGACAUCGCCAUCAUAUGUGGAGAAGAAGUUCAAAGGUUACCGCAUGUGUAUUCACUGCAUAUAUUAUAUGCCACGACGGCAGUCUAUCUCCUAAGUCCACUACUAAAUUUCAAGGAACCUCAGCUUGAUGCACUGGUUAGGCAACAUGCAAAGGAAGGGCUCAGGCUUCUUCUCGAACGAUAUCGCUUUCACUAUACAUCUCGUUACCAGCCAGUCUCCCAAAUGUUCGCCAUGCUGUAUCUGAUCGAGGUCCUGAUUCAAUCAUCCCCAGAAACUGACAGAGACUCUGGAAAAGAUGCCUUGGCAUACAUUAGACUAGCCACUGAUAUUCUGACAGAGUCUAAUAGUAGCUUUCCUGUCGCUAAAGUCUUUAUGGGAAUUCUUCAAGAAAAUACAAGGAAAUCAUUGAUCCCAUUGCCAAACGAAAUUGAGGAUCUCUUCCGUCACAGUCAUCGCAUGUCGAAAUUCCCUUUAGACGAUGCCAUCAACGCAUUUGGAAGCACGACUUAUGUGCAGCCAGUUGAAGCGAUUCGAAGGAGGAUUCAUCCUGAUUUUAGAUCUAGAUGGAUGAUGCAUGCCGCUGCUGGAUAUCCCAACAAUUUCCACAGACCCACAAUUCUGCGCCAGACCUCAGUUGAAGAAACAGGUGCACAGAACCUGAUGCGAAUUCUCAAUCUGCACAACUACGACAUAAAUUGA